AGAGAUUGCAGCGAUCUUCCAAAGGUUUUUCGAAGUGGUAUCUACAGGAUAAAACCCAACAUAGCAGAACCAUUUGAAGUUUAUUGUGAGAUGACAAUCGACUCUGGCCGUUGGACUGUUAUACAUAGAAGAGAGAGUGAUGAUCUUGAUUUCUAUCAAGGAUGGACAAAAUACAAAACAGGAUUUGGUCAACUUAAUCGAGAAUUUUGGUUGGGUAACGACAAGAUCCACACUUUGACAUCACAAGGGAGAUAUGAAUUAAGAAUAGACCUCUAUGACUUUGACAACAAUCAAGCUUAUGCUAAAUACCUACAUUUCUUCAUCGGCAAUGAAACGUCGUUGUACAAAAUAAAUGUGUACGGUUAUAGUAGGAAUGCGGGUGACAGUCUUGACUACGCUAACCUUGGAAGAUUUACAACUCUAGACAGGGACAAUGAUGAUGUUAAAGAUAACUGCGCUCGACGCCAUCCUGGUGCAUGGUGGUACACGAAUUGCAUGCGUUCUAAUCUCAACGGACAUUACUAUAUCAAAACUCCUGUGGGAGAUUGGAAUGGUAUAAUUUGGAAUUCAUGGAAAGGCUAUAAAUAUUCACUAAAGGCAACUUCUAUGAUGAUUCGUAGACUAUAGAUGUAUUCGACAGUUACAAUAGAACAGGACAUUCACAUCACAUUUGUUUAUAGUAAUAAUUAGAAUAAAUAUGAUGUGCAUCCAAUUAAUUAUCAGUCUGGCUUGGAUACUAAAAAAUGACUGAUUGUUAAUCUUAUUAUUUCUGGUCGUGCUAUACCAUUUUAUUUGUAAAUGACCAACAUGCAAAUUAUCUC